AUGCCCUCCCGCGCCACGUCCGACUCCCCCAAGACGGUCGAUACCAGCUCCACCAAGCGGAAACGGCGCUCAGACGCGGAUGCGACGGACAAGCGGACUCGUACCUCUGACCGAUUCCGAGAGCCCAGCAGUACACCACAACGGAGCACCGCAAGGAGUUCCAGCACGCAGACGGUUGAAAGUGCUCUGCCGAUCACCCAGCGCUCGACGGACAUGGGUCCGCCUGUUGUUCGUCGACAGACUGCACGCCGUUCAGCAGGCCGUCUUCCCCCAGGCCCUGGUGCACCGCCAACUGUAACAGCGGCCACAUUGUCCAGGAGCAAUGAACGUCGCCGUUCCACCAUUGAAGUCGAGAUCCCGCGCCGUCCGCCAUCGCGGUCGCGUCCUGCGCUCGUUUCCGACGACUCGGAGUCCGAUAGUGAGCGCGAGGAUCUCGGUGUCGGUACUCCAGGCCCAGGACCGCGUACCAGUCGCAGCCGCGCGACUCGUGGUCGUCAGCUGGAUCCUGUUCCUCAGCCCUCGCCGAGCGCUUUCCACCCGUACCUCCGCGGCCGCCACAGCCAGGCUGAGGCGAUUACGGACUUUCCAAGCUCGUCAAUGACCGGAAGCCCUCCGGCGACCCAGGACCCCGAGAGCCUUGGACCGAGACGAAAGACCAUCAUUGAUGGUGAGGAGGCGUAUGUCAUGUCGGACAGUGAUGGAGACAGCGCAGAUCCCGAUGGUGGUUACCAGUGCCGAUGGGCCGGCUGCUCGCAGGUACUCAAAUCGUCUGCCAACCUCGCCCGUCAUAUCCGCGCCCAUGCCGAUGCGUAUGACCCUCGUCCGUCGGCUGCGCCCCGUACGCCAACCACACCGAAUGACCCGGCCCUGCUGAAGCAAGUCGGGGCACUGGAAGCCGAGCUGAGCAAGCGCAAGGAAGACUUGCGACAGACCAAGGACCUGCUCAAGCAGCGUCUGGACGAAUUUAGGGAGCUCAGGUCUGAUGAGCUUGCUGCUCGAACGGCCAUCACCGAGUUGCAGCGCCAGUUGCGGGUCAGCAAGGAGACGGCCACGAAGCAGGCCGCGGACUUGCAGGCUGAGCUUGAGGUGAACGAGGCUACGGCGUCCGCGGCGUCCGCCAAGCUGGCGACCUUGGAGUCACAGGUCAAAGAGCGUGACCAGAAACUGCUGGCCUUGCAAGCCCAGGUCAAGAUAUUCGAGGAUGCCGAUGCCGAGAUUGCACAGCUGGCCGCCCCAGUUCCUACCGAGGACGGCGAGCCGCCUGUGCCCGAGGUGCACAUCAAGUAUCUCAAGAAACGUCUCAAGCAGACCAACACGUCUCUGAAGCAUACCCAGUCCGAUCUCGACUUCAUCCGCAGCCAGUAUCAGCAGGCGUCAACCAGCGCAGUCCAGGAAGUGGCGCGGGCCAAACAGCUGGACGAGCAAGUGGCGCGCCUCAAGGAGCAGCUCACCCUGGGUCUCAAGCAGCGCGAGCUGCACAACCGCGCCGUGACCGAGCAGUCGAGCGCCGCCUCUAACAGGAGAGAGAUGCAGCUCAAGCUCCUGCUGGAGCAGUCUCGCCGCACCGACGACACGAUCCGUCGCAAAGCUGCUGCUCAGCCACGUCUCGUCAAGGAGAACCGCGAGCUCGAGGCUGCGCUGCACAAGGCGCGCUCCAGCGCCGAUGACUUGAGCAAGCGCAACAACGAGCUGGUCGACCAGAACGCACUCCUGCGUGGCCGUCUAAUGGGCGCAUUCGAGGACCCCGUGCAGGAUUCUGACGACGAGACGGACGACGACCUGCCAAUCUUGCCCUCUGCUCUCCCCGUGCUGGUGCCCGACUUUGUCGACGACGCAAAGGUCACGCCGCCUGCUCAGCUUGUCAACGCGACGCUGGCUGACGGAGGUAUCGAAGCGUUUCGCUGCAAGUGGAGUCUCGGCGGCGACGCCGUCUGUCCGGAAAUCUUCCAUACCCGCGAUGAACUCGAGACGCACGGUAUCGGUCAUAUUCAGAAGCUCGCACUGGACGUCGACGUCUCGCAACCCAUGACCGAACAGCCGGGUCAACAGGACGGAGGAAGCGAGUUGGGAAGCGAGGAUAUCGAAAAACAGGUUGAUUAUGCGCGUCGAUGGGCGGCCCGAGCUCGGCGGGUGGCUGGCUCUGUAGCUGGUGGCGCAGAUGCGCUUGAUUUGCUUCUUUGA